AUGGCUUGGAGGCUGUUUCAGAAGGUCCCACUGAGCCAAGGACUCAAGGCCUGGCCACAGUCCUGCCAAGACUCGGGGGACUAUCCUCUGACAGCUCCAGGUCCAUCCUGGAAGAAGUUCCAGGGCAGCUUCUGUGAGUCUGUGAGGACAUUGGUCUGUUGGUUCCAGUACAGCUUCCUCCAUGAUGGCUUCCCUAUGGACAACCUCAUCUGCCUGCUCACUGGCCUGUCAGACUCACAAGUCCGCGCCUUCCGUCACACUAGCACCCUGGCUGCUAUGAAACUGACGACCUCCCUGGUAAGAGUUGCCCUCCAACUGAGUCUGCACCAAGAUAACAAUGAGCGUCAGUAUGAGGCUGAAAGAAACAAGGGGCCAGGGCAGAGGGCACCUGAGCGGCUGGAGAGCCUGUUGGAGAAAUGCAAAGAGGUUGGACUGACCGAUGACAUCAGAGAUUCUGACCUUCCUGAUUGGAAGGACUGGACUCCGUGGGCACCUGGAGUUCAGUUGGACAACAGUAUCUUCUCAGAGCUGUUCCCCACUCCUGACUUCUCCCAGCCUUGA